AGCUGCUGUGCCUACAAUCGUAGAUUAAAGAAGUUACAUUUUAGCUUACAUUUUAUAUCGUUUAUAUUUUACUUAAUCGUAACAUUAUUAUUGUCGUUUGUGUGUGUAUUGCCAAUUGUGUUUAGUUUGUACCAAGAAAACACGUAGGUAAUUAUUAAUGUAUUCUAUUAGCUAUCACGUAUAACUUAAGAUUGCAUUUUUUAAGUUACUUCAUACCACGGGCCAAGAUAUCUUAGCCCGUGCUUUAUAUUCAGUACUCACAUACCUUAUACGAGAAGAAACGCUAUACAGUACAUACUAAAUACAAAUUUGUUGAUGUGCUCGGGAUUCUUAGUUCAUGGUUAAAAUAUCUAUAAUCACUCAGUCUACAAUAUUCUCCAAUAUACUGAAAUAAACUUGUGGUUGAUGAAAAUAUUUGGUUGAUUUUCAAUAUGGAUAAAAAUCUCGCCAAUAAUCAUGAAGAAAACCUUAAAAGAGGACAAGCAUUAUUGAAUCAUUUAGAAGAAAUGCAAUAUUCUUAUUUCAACGGACGUCCAGAAUGGAUACCCUUACAAAAGAAUGAUCUGAAAUUAUUUAUAGCACACAUAUAUUACGGCUAUCCAUAUCCUAGUAAUGCAAUUGUUGAAAACAAUUAUGAAUAUGAGAUAAAUUCUGAAGAAUUAUUUAAGUUAUAUAAAAAUGAAAUUAAAAAGAAAAUUUUAGAUAUAUAUGAAUUAAUAGAGGAAAAAUAUAUUAAUCCCAGUCUCUUUAGUAAUAUUGAAGUAGGUAUAACUAUGGUACACAGUAUUUGCAAAAACAAGUGCGAUAGCUGCCAAAAUUUUCCUAAAAAAGAUAUACACAAAUGGUUAUUACUCAGAUUAAAAGUGAUUAGCAAUAAAUUCAUUUUUAUUGAUUUUCAAAACAGCAGAACAUACACUGGCUGGGAUGAAUAUAUGGAAAAUAAUAAUCUUCCUGAAGGAUUUAUGUUCUAUCCUAAAUCAGGGUUUUAUGAUGCUUCAAAAACAUUGUAUCAAACUAUAACACCGGCUUCCAAAACAACUGAAACAGUUUUAAAAACAGCUGACUUAGUUUCAUUCAUAUCAAAUGUGGUUGGCGGUAUAAUAUUUGCCUGUGGUUCUAUAUUUCUUUUAGGAACACCUAUUGGUAUUGGAUUAGUAGUAGCGGGGUCUGCAUUAACAACAGUUUCUUCUUCGUAUCAAUUUGGUAGACAUGUUCAGCAACUAAUUGACAUGUUUCACCAUGAUAUUAAUAAAUCCGACACAAAUUCCUGGAAAAGAUGGAUUGGUUUAGCGAUUUCCGCAAUUGGUGCUAUUAUGGCACCAUUUCAAGCAGUUGCUGCAAUAACAUCCGAGGUGAAUUCAACUAUUCAAUCAACUGGAAGGGCUCUUACUAUUUUACGAAAAACUGCUUGUGUUACUCAAUGUACAUUGGUAGUCUUCCACGCUGCUCUGGAUUUCAUAGAUAACAAUUUUAAAAUAACAUGGGAAAGUGUGAUAAAACUACGUUUAGAUGUGUUCAUUGUUACAGGAGUAUUAAUGGCUCCAAGUUACAUAACAGAUAUUUUAAAGCUAUUAGCCAAGCAAGCCGUGUGGGUGCCGAUUUACAAAACUAUUGAACAAAUUCCUUACUGUUUGGGUCAAUACGUCUGGAACUCCGUUUACUUUUUCAAAAAUCAUUUCACUAUGUUCGUGGAAAGUGUCACGAAGUUUCUUGCGGAAAACCUCACGUCGAGCAAUCUGUUGUUUGCGUGGAAAACUAUUCGCUGCAUGUUUGACGGCUACCAAAAACAAACUUCCAAUCUGGACGUCGGUGACCUGUUGUGGCACGUGGUGGAUGGCAUCGCUAUCAACGAAAGUGUGAAGUACGUGUUGCGCCGUCAGCACAUGGUGAAUCUGCUGGACAGUCUGCGCGUGUACGCGCCAAAGAAACGGAUCAGCCGUGCCCUGGUUAAGUAUUGCGUGGACCACGUCCUGGAGGAGGCGAAGAAGCUGUCGGCGCUACGCGAUGAUUGUGUGGCUGAAAUAGCCAGGCACGGCGAGACGCGUGCGUGGAAGGUGGACGAGGAGUUUUGCAAGUGUUACGGGCUCGGGAGGUGCGCCAUGGACCAGUACGCACUGUGGGCUAUAGGCCAGGUGAAUGCGGCCACCCUAAUGGCCGAGUAUGAGAAGCACAUGUCCCGCCCGGAAAACAUGUUCAACGACGAAAUGGUUUUCAACAAGCGCGACGACGCCGGUUGGUCGACCAAGGGUUACUCGUUUGUGGCUCCGUGCGGCGUCCUGGACUUGGAAAUGUGUUUGCGGUUUGCAGAAAAGAUCAAUCCGCAGCCGCAUCGGUACCUCAAUCACGAACUCGUGCAGCCCGAACCCGCUGUGUCCCUGAUGUUCGGGGUUUCCGCUUAUUCGGUCAAUAUCGUGUUCUUCGGCAUCGACCUGAUUAAUGGCGUGCCGAAGAUGAGCAUCUGCUUCUUCGAGGAAAAUCGUGAUCCUGGAUCCUCCGUCGCCAACCACAAAGGUUUUAAGAAGUUGCAAGCAGCUUAAUUACUUUUUAGGAGGACUCGCUCCGGGUCGGCGGCGUCAUCAUCGCUGCCACAUUUUUUAGAUCUGUCAAACUUAGCUGUGCCCUCACUCUCUUCUCUUGUCCAUUCAAUAGUCUUGUCGUUUUACUG